AUGCAGCAGUCCCUUCAAACUCCGGGUCCUCCCCCAACCCCUUGCCCCCCCGCCUCCACCCUACCUCUCUAUCUAGAACAGCCCUGUUAUCACUUCCAUCUGCGCGCCUUGGAUCUUGGCUCUCCCAGCCCUGACGCAUCUCUCAAAUAUGAGUUGCAUUACUCGUAGGCUACACGCGGACGCUACAUAGGAAUUUGCUUCAGAACGACUAUCACAAUGCAUCUCACGGCCACGCUCUUGUUUGUAGUCGUAACAGGCGUCAUAGGAGGUUGGGGAUGCAGCUGCAACACUGAGAAUGGUUUCUGUGAAAAGACUGGAAAGUGCAGGUGCAAACCAGGCUGGCAGGGGGACCACUGCGAGCGCUGUAUCCCCUUCCCGGGCUGCCUGCACGGCUCUUGUGAGAAAGCGUGGCAAUGUGUCUGUCAACAGGGUUGGGUGGGCAGCCUGUGUGACCAAGAUAUUCGACUGUGCUCGUCACGUCCUUGUUCUGGGAAUGCCACCUGCAUAGAGACCGGAGAAGGGGGAUACCUGUGCGUCUGUCCUCAAGGUUUCACCGGACCAACAUGCCAGCUGAGGAAGAACAUUUGCCUCAUUAAUGGAUCUCCUUGCCAGAACGGAGGUACGUGUACAGAAACGGGUGACGCCAUGGAAUCUCACACUUCCUGCUUUUGCCCCCCUGGAUUUUCUGGAAAUUUCUGUGAGCUCCACACAGAUGUCUGUCAAGCCAACCCAUGUCUAAAUGGCGGCAACUGCACAAACCACGGAGCCACCUUCACAUGCUCCUGCCCGCCAGGCUUCUCCGGUUUGACUUGUAACGACACCGGCCUCUCUCCGUGCGUUGCUGGGCCUUGUGCUAAUGGUGCAACGUGCGUCAGCCAAACUGACGGAACCUUCCGCUGCGUUUGCCCCAAGUGGUUUUCGGGCCGUCUGUGUUCGGUGCAGCACCGACUGAAAGCUAAGCCCAAGCAGGCUGCCGCCAAGUCUGCCGAUCACAAGUUGUUUGCGCUGGCGCCACAGCACUACUCGCUUCCUGCGCACGCCUUCCACAAGCUUCUCCAACCGCCUGAGAGGGAUCUGCUCAAGAUCACGCUGAAGGAGACGGUGCACCGCUCCCCAGGCGUGCUGUCCAGCCAUGGUCAGCUGGUGUGUUUUGGCAUGCUGGCCCUACUUACCUGCCUGGUCAUCCUGGCCACCACGGGCAUCGUGUUAUUCGGCCGAUGUGAGGCGUGGCUGGCCAACGCCAAGUACAGCAAGCUUGUGCGGCAGCAGCGCGAGCACCUGCUGAAGGAGGCAGGCGGAGCUAGCCAGGAGGAGACGGAACACUCGGUGAACAUCAUACUGCCAGAGAAGAUCAGACUCAACAGCUUUGGGAGACACUAUACCUCCAUCUGA